AUGAACAAGAGUCUGAGGCAGCCCAGCAAACCAACCUUGCUAACAUCACCGUUUGCUGCCUUCACCAUCCAUGAACUUGGUCUUGUAUUCGAGGUUGACUCAAUGGAGUUGACAGUUUUCCAUCUGAAGUCUGGUCCCUGGACAAAAGACCCUGAGUAUGUGACAGUUCACAUGGAUUAUCUGAGGACCUAUUUUUGGCAGAAUUUAGAAGAGACCAUUAACGAACUGAAUGCAACCAGGAAUGGGCUGUCAGCUGCCGAAGAUAAUCUGAAGGAGACCAAAGAAGAAAUGGAGAACUAUAGACAACAAGUGGAAGACAUGCAACAUCAGCUUUCAGAGGCGGAGUUCACCUUCCAAGGCCAGAUGGCAGUGCAGGAGAGGAAUGCUGUGGCUAACUGGAUGAGGGCUCAGGAUUGGGAGAGGAGGAGAGUGCAGCAGAGCAGGGAGAACGCCUACCUGAAACACAGACUGCGCAUGAUGGAAAGGGAGAUGCUGCCUGUGGGACCCACGCAGUGCAGACUGAUGCCGGGAAGGCCUGAGUUCCAGAAGCCUCUGUGGCAAGCACCUAGACCGGUUCCCAGGAUGAACAGCCACACCGGCCCUCAAAAGGGCCCAGAGAUGCCUACGGUCGGUACAGGUGUGGGAGUGCUUCCUCAUAGCCCAGGGCCCCUCCGUAUGCCCUACCACGUGGGGCGGAAUAUACCAGGCUUUCCUCCUCCUCCUCCACCUCCACACUGGGGGACCUGGGGGCCUCAGCCCCACCUCGUUCCUCCACCACACGGGCUUCCUUUCCACUCAGAAGCCUGUGGAGCUCCAUGGGACAAUAGCAGCGCUGUGCCCAAGAAGGUCCCAGAGGAGAACCAAGCUAAUCAUUUUGUAAAUUGAAGACUUCCUUGACCUCCAACAACCAGGCUCCAAUGAUUUUUUAUUUAGUAAAAAUAUGAAUGCUUUCUUCCUGGUGGUCUGAGUGCUUUCCCUGCCCAUCCUCUCCCCUGUGCUUCGUCUCUCCUGGUAUCGCCCCCAAUAAACCGUUCACGGUCCUGU